GCAAACAUUGACGAUGGAAUCGACCGACUGAAUCGUUACUACACUUGCUGCAUACUGCUGGCUGCCACAACCAUCGUCAGUUUGAAGCAGUACGCUGGCUCACCAAUCGACUGCUGGUGUCCAGGCAAUUUCGCCCCAUCUCACGUUGAUUAUGCUAAUUCAAUUUGUUGGGUUAAUGGUACCUAUUUCGCACCUUUUGAAGAAGCCAUUCCUCGAGAUAUCAAGCUAAGAUCUUUCGUCCUUUAUUACCAGUGGAUUCCGUUUUUGCUGGUCGGGCAGGCAGUGACAUUUUUUUCGCCGUACAUACUCUGGCAGUUUUGUCUAAAAAAUUUGGGAAUUAACUUAUUCGCGAUUGUCAAUGUUAAAGAUGACAAUUUUGAUUACCAUCGUUCGGAAAAGGAGCGUUCAACUGCUGCCAGCUACUGCAAACAAAUUGUUGGAUAUCUGAAAAGAUGCUAUCGGUGGCUUGUGAGAUGUUCGCGGUGUUUCAUCAUCAACCCACUAAGUGAUAAGUUAUCAUUCUUGUAUCUUACAACGAAACUCAUUUACCUAUGCAACGUGAUGUUAAACAUCGUCAUCGUUGAUUCCUUACUCGUGAAGAAACUUUUCUCAUCAACUUUCUCAAAUCACUCAAAGAUAAAUUUCAAUAUUAACGAGUUCAGCGACGUCUUCCAACUUGAUCCUAGCAGGUUUCCGAAAGUGACGCUCUGUGAUUUUUUGAUUCGUCAGCAAAUAAACGUCCACCGAUACACCGUGCAAUGUGUGCUGCCCAUCAACUUAAUAAACGAAAAAGUUUUCAUCUUCCUUCUUGCCUGGUUCUUCUUCCUUUUCAGUUUGACUACAACCAACUUUUUGAACUGGCUGGCUAGGCUCUGGUUUGUCUUUUGCCAGGCAAACUCCAUCCACCAGCGUUUGAAAUCGGCAGAUCGUUUCAACAACCUUAGCAGACAAAUGACAUCAAAAUUCGUUCGUGACUACUUGAAACGCGAUGGGUUAUUGGUGAUGGACUUAAUUUCACUGAACGCCAACGAUCAGGAUUUGGUAACUGAGAUUUUGUUCCAUCUGUGG